GCAAAAAAGGAUUUCUUGUUGCGGAAGAAGAGGAACCAAUAAAUAUGGAGAGCAUGGGCCACCCAGAAAUUUAUCCACUAGUAUUAACUACCAAGACCCAGGAAAUAUUCAACUGCCGAAUAGAUGAAGAUGUCACAGAUGAGGAACCCUAUAAGCUUAUCAAAAAGGAAACUAUUCUGGAGGACUUGCGCAACAGAGCAGCCGUAUCAGAUUUUUACCCAGUCAAAAAAAUUAUCAGGGAAUAUCCUGGAGAUGAAAUUGUACUUGUUUAUGACAAGGACUACAAGUAUGGACUUAACUUUUAUAUUAUUGGGACUGAAGAGGGCAAGGAAAUCUAUUUAAAUCCUCCAGAUGCAUCAGAAGAACUGGAUGAAUAUAAAGAACUUUCCCCUGAAGAUCUAUAUGUUUACCAACCCCCUAUCUCUAAACCAUGGAUUUCUUUGGGCAGUGAAAAAGAAAUUGAAGAAGAGUCAGUUAAGGACUCUGGAAGGCAGAUUACAUAUAUGAUUUCUCGAAAGCGAAGUGAAUUUGGUGCACCAGUUACGUUCAGUGACCAGAAUGCUUCCAGUGUCAAAGAUGCCUACAUUGAAUGCACAGCCUACCCAGAUAAAAAUUUUACCCUGAAACAACUUGAGAAAGAUGUUGCCAUGCAAGUAAUCCCCCAAGUCAAGGACAUGAGUACUCAGACAAAAUGGACAUAUCCUAAAAAUGCUACUACACAAUAUUAUCCAAGAGAAUUCUCAGAAGAGGAAAAAGAAAUACUGGGACAGUCCAAGUCUGUGGCUGAUUUCCUCAACAGUGUGUGCACAAGUGUUGAAAUAGCCUUGCAACAAAAUGAACUCCUGAACACAUUUGUCGAUGACUGGAAGUACCUGGCAGAAGAAGAAGGCACCUUUGGGGACAAGACUGAUACCCACCUGAAAGAGUACCAGUCCUUUACGGACCUUCACAACCUCAUCGAGAAAACAGUUACCUGUGUCUGCUGGCAUCCAACCAUCUACGGGCUAAUAGUUGUGUCAGUAGCCGUGCGACUCUCCUAUGAAGACCGAGUGCACUUCUCUGGUAAACUAUUGUUGCAACCAUCAUUGAUUCUUUUCUGGAGUUUCUCUGAUCCCAUACAUCCUCAGUUAAUGCUGGAAAGCCCAGAUGACAUCUUCUGCUUCAAGUUCUGUCCAAGCGACCCUAAUAUCAUUGCUGGAGGCUGUAUAAAUGGGCAGAUCAUCAUGUGGGAUAUCACUGCACAUGCAGAGCGCAUAGAAAACAUUAAGACAGGCAGCAGCAGAAGUAAAAAAGUCUCACUCAAGCCUAUGUUUCUCCUUGAACCAGAGAAUAAUAAAGAAACAAUGUAUGUCAGACACUGCGCAGUCUCUUCCAUCGAACAUGGACAUAGGAAGGUAAUUACAGAUAUACACUGGCUGCCUGACACAUUUGAGGUUAACAGAAUGGGGUCUGUCUUUGAGAAUCGAAGUGGAAUCUGUUGUCAGCUUAUCACCUGCUCAGCAGAUUGCACAAUAUGUUUCUGGGACAUUAGACCAGUGAAACCUGCCACGACCACCCAGCCAACAGAGAAAAAGAAAGAAGAAAGUAUAGAAAUUCCAUUUGAUGUGCCACCUACUUUUUUGCAUCUUGAUCUUUCCUGGAAACCCCUCGCUAGGAUAAAAUUAUCUAAAGGUGAUACAAAUUUGGACCACUGCCCAACCAAGGUCAGCAUGAACGAAGACCAUAUUCUUUUCAGAACACAAGACAAAGGAUUAGUCCAGCCUAAAAUAAUGAAGAUAGAAGAAACAAAGCCAUACCAAAAUCUAGAAGCCGGAUUGGCCAAUAUUCUCAAGCCAAUAGAGGAAUUCUGCACAAAAUUCUUUGUGGGAACAGAGGAAGGUGAAGUGAUGUAUACAGACUGGAGAUUGGAAAGAGAUCCUGAUACUGGUCGAUUGAUAUCAAAGAAGCCAGUGAACCUGUAUGCCAUUCAUGACGGAGCUGUCCAUACUGUUCAAAGAUCACCUUUCUACAAUGACAUUAUCCUCACCAUCGGAGGGUGGAAUUUGGCCAUCUGGAAAGAAGAUAUUAUGACUGGACCCCUCCUUCAGUCAUGCUGUGCACCAAAAAGGUACACCUCAGGACACUGGUCUCUGACAAGGCCCGGAGUUUUCUAUAUUGGCCGAGAAGAUGGAAAUAUCGAUAUCUGGGACCUACUUGAGAAAACCCAUGAACCAGCCCAGACACAAAGUAUUUGCUUAACGAUGAUCACCUGCAUCAAACCCUGGACCUAUUCUGCUAAGCAACAGUUUAUAGCCAUAGCUGAUUAUUAUGGAACGCUGCAUAUAUUAGAAAUUCCUUGGACAUUAAGUCACCCAUCUACCAAUGAGUUAUCAAGUGUUAACUACUACUUUGAAAGAGAACUGAAGCAUCUGGAAUAUGUGCAGCAACGCAAAAGUAUUCGUGAGGCAGAAAAGAGAGAAAUGGAGCUAGAAAUGGAGAAGAAAAAAGUUAAAAUAUAUCAGAAGUCAAAAGAACAAAUGGAAGCUGAAUUGAAAUUGGAUUAUGAGAGUUAUUUGGAAUUGGAAAAGGCAGUCCUCAUCAAUCUCGGCCUAAUCAAAGUCACAGAAAAGGUGUCAUACAUGGAUGUGUAACAAAGUUUCUGAAUGGGGCAUUUGGGAUACUACAUAGAUCUUCUCUCUUUUCAUUCGUUAUUUUUCAUGUAAGGUG